GAGUCCUCAAGCUUCAUGCAUGCUUGGACUUGACUGUGGACUUCUUUUUCCUCAUCAGAGUGUGGACCAACCACCUGCAGGACGUGAUGAGCACUGCUACGACAAGCGAGAUCACCGCCACUAAAAAGGCCAGCACGUCGACACAGUAGUACGAGUACCACGGCAGCUUGUGCCAGUCUGUGCGCAGGUGCAGCUGAGGGAUGCUGAGAACACCAGGAGGAACGCCAGGACCCGAGGGAGCUUCAUUCUGCUGGAGAGUAUCUAAUGCAUGAAUUGGGUGCAAUGAGCUCAGUCGGACGGCAGGUGGCAGUAGCGCUGCAGUGCUCCUAUAAUGUGGGCGGGCGAAGAUGAGGCUAGCUGUAAGCCUCGGUGCCUCAGCUAUGCAACUCUCCAACCAUGAUCGUAAUGGUGGGACUACCAGCUCGAGGGAAGACCUACAUCUCCAAGAAGCUCACUCGCUACCUCAACUGGAUCGGAGUUCCCACCAAAAUGUUCAACGUGGGUCAGUACCGAAGGCAGGCGGUGAAGACCUACAAGAACUUUGAGUUCUUCAAACCAGACAACGAGGAGGCCAUGAGAAUUCGCAAAGAGUGUGCUGCUGCUGCUCUCAAGGACGUCACCACCUAUUUCUCGAAGGAGAAGGGUCAAGUGGCUGUGUUUGACGCCACCAACACCACGAGGGAGAGGCGCGCCAUCAUCGCCGCGCUGGCCAAAGAACGAGGCUACAAGGUGUUCUUUGUUGAGUCCAUCUGUGAGGAUCCAGACAUCAUCGCAGAAAACAUCAAGCAAGUGAAGUUCGGGAGUCCAGACUACGUGGACCGGGACAUUGAUGAAGCCACAGCCGACUUCUUCCAGCGGAUUGAGUGUUACAGGUCCAGCUACGUGCCAAUCGACGAUGAGAAGGACAAGAAGCUGUCCUACAUCAAGAUCUUUGAGGUGGGCAAACGGUACGUGGUGAACCGCGUCCAGGACCAUAUCCAGAGCCGGAUCGUCUACUACCUGAUGAACAUCCACGUCACGCCCAGAUCCAUCUACCUGAGCCGCCACGGAGAGAGCGAGCUCAACCUGCAGGGACGAAUCGGAGGAGACUCUGGUCUGUCCCCUCGAGGUCAUGAGUACGCCAGGGCUUUGGCAAAGUUCCUGAACAGCCAGAGGAUCUUGGACCUGAAGGUCUGGACCAGCCACAUGAAGAGGACCAUCCAGACGGCAGAAGCUCUGGGAGUCCAGUACGAGCAGUGGAAGGCUCUGAACGAGAUUGAUGCUGGUGUGUGUGAGGAGAUGACCUAUGAGGAGAUUCAGCUGAACUUCCCUGAGGAGUUUGCACUCAGAGACCAGGACAAGUUCCGGUAUCGAUAUCCGAAGGGCGAGUCCUAUGAAGACAUGGUCCACCGUCUGGAGCCGGUCAUCAUGGAGCUGGAGCGGCAGGAGAACAUUCUGGUCAUUUGCCACCAGGCGGUGAUGCGCUGCCUUCUGGCCUACUUUCUGGACAAACCCGCAGACGAGCUGCCGUACCUGCGAUGCCCUCUCCACACCGUGCUCAAGCUCACUCCCAUCGCCUACGGCUGCGAAGUAGAGUCCUUCUUCCUGAACAUUGAUGCUGUGAACACUCACAGGGAGAAGCCCAGGAACGUGGACAUCAGCAGGAAGUCAGAAGAAGCUCUGCAGACGGUUCCUGACCACAUCUGAUCACAGGACGGAUUUGUCUUGUUGCGGAAGAGGAACCAGGUCUUCCACUCUGCAGUUGUCAGUGUCUUGACCACAGA